AUAUGUUGUAUUCUGUGUUUUAGAUAUAAGGUGUAAAUAUGCGUUGUUGAUGUUUGUUGUAGAUUUGUGUUGUUGCCGUCUUGCUCGUUGCAAGCAGUUGCGCUGUGGAUGCAAGACGAAUGUAUCCAAAACCAAAUCGUCCAUCAAAAUGGGGAAAUGCACCCCUGCCCAGAGGGAGAAAUAUGUGUAAGAUGAAGGAUUCAUGCAGGAAUGGUGGAAUUUGUAAGUCUUCUUCACGCACUAGGUCUGGCUGGAAAUGCGAAUGUCGCAACGGAUGGGCAGGAUCACGAUGUACUAAGAAAAAUUACUGCCCAAAAGGGAAUGUUUGCAUGAACGGCGGAUCGUGUGUUAAUUCUGCAAUACCUGGGUUGUUUUGGAGAUGUAAGUGCAGGAUGGGAUUUUCCGGAAGACGAUGUGACAAAAUGAAACCAAAACCACAAGGAAGCGGAGGAAAAUUAGAAGCACAACCAGAUCCAUGCGGUGCAGAAGGGCGUGGACCCAGAAGAGUCUGUUGGUAAUUGAGCUGAUCACUACAGAAUGUUUAGUACAGUUAGAAAGAAAUUAUAUCUCUACAAUUUUUAUAACUGUGAAAAUAAAGAACAUGAAGC